UGGAGCGCAGCUAUCUCUAACUAGUCUGUGGAGCGCAGCGCGCAUUCCUUUGGUAUACUUACUUCACUCUUUGGAGCGCAGGCAAGUUAAUCGCGCUGAAUUCUGGGAUUCUCAGUGAUUCUGGAUCGGAUUCGGAUCUCAUCUUAAUUUAGAGUUCUCUCUGUUGUGUUGUUCUCUUAGUUGUAGCUACCCUCAUUCAGUCCUUGCUUUAUUUGUUUUGUUAUCUGGCCACCGAAUCCAAAAAGACAAGUUGUGUUCAUGUUAUAAUGAGAAGUUUUCUGGUCAACAUUUCAAGAAUAAAUAAGUGUUGUGGAUAUCCUUUAAAUGAGAUAUUGUUGGAACGUUUACGAAAUUGAUAAGGGAAUCCUCUUGCUGCUGUCAUAGACUGAAGAAGAAAACAAAUUGUAAAAAUGGACGAACGGUAUCGAGACAUCACAAUAAAGUGACGACGCAUUACCCAGUCUCCGCAUAAUCUGUGAUCAAUAAACAUAAGUGAUAAAAAAAUCGAUCUCUGUACAGUUGUUAUUUUAAGUAUACUUAAAGGAAUUUAAGAAACUAGUGAAUCGGAGUACGUUUGAUGUGAUAAAUUAGAAGUGGCAGCUCGAUAAGUGAUGGUAUAGUGGUUGGUUGAUAAACUUCACCAAAAUGCCGGCGAUACUGACGAAGAUCCGAGAGCAGGCGUCGAGGGUGCAGCCGUCGGUGGCGUUGGGUGUUGGAGUAGGAGUGGCAUUGGCAGCAUGCGCCCUGUAUGGAACGAGAGAGAGGAAACAACAGCCACCAUGCAACAAUAAUAAUAACUAUAAGGUAGAGAAGAAUGGCAAACUCCAGACAGUACCAGAAGGUAGCGCGGAGACAUGCGGCGGACGCUGCGGUGCCGACCAGUGCGCGCUCUGCAGGGGCGACGCUGACACUGACAACAAACAGAAUAUUGCAGAUGCAGACGAGCCCACGCCGCCCCAAGAGGAAUAUAUCCCCGGGUUGAACCUGGAGUUCCUCAGGCAGCUGGUGUCCCUCGCCAAGAUCAUGGUGCCAGGGUUCCGUACCCAAGAGGUGGCCCUGCUCACGGCGCACACUUUGUGCUUGUUCACUAGAACUCUCCUGUCCAUAUACGUCGCAUCAUUGGAAGGCUCCAUUGUGCGGCACAUAGUCCAGAAAGACUUGCGUCGUUUCGCCGCAUUACUGCUGCAGUGGUUCGGCAUCGCCAUCCCGGCCACAUUCACCAACUCCAUGAUCCGCUACCUCGAGGGCAGGCUGGCGUUGGCCUUCCGCACCAGGCUCGUCACCCACGCCUACCAGCUGUACUUCAGGAACCAGACCUACUAUAAGGUCGCCAACUUGGACGCCAGGAUAGAGAACGCUGAUCACAGGUUAACAGAAGAUGUGUCAGUGUUCACGCAGUCCGUGGCUCAUCUGUACAGCUCGCUCACGAAGCCAUGCUUCGACCUGCUGCUCAUUGUACUCACGUUGGCUACGUACUCAAACAAGAUGAAGGGGAAUAUAUUCUUAGGGCCCGGCAUAGCGUUCGUCGUGAUCUGCCUAACGGGCCAACUGCUGCGCCUGCUGUCCCCCAGGUUCGGAGCGCUGGCCGGCGAGGAGGCGCGCAUGAAGGCCAACCUGCGCCACGCGCACGCGCGACUCAUCGCGCACGCUGAGGAGGUGGCCUUCUACGGGGGACACAAGGAGGUAGUGACACUGGCCGGGUACGCGACCCGCGUGUCGGACAUGCUCACAGUAUUCGGUGAAGUGGCGCGCGGGAAAUGUGUACGAACUGUGCAUGUCGCGCCCUGCCCUACGGCUUCCUUCCAAGUCACGUUUAAGGACAACCAGCCUGUGCCCAUGGGUAAAGUGACAUACACGGACGAUUUAUCGAUCGUAUUACGAGACGUGCCCAUAGUGACGCCCGCGUGCGAAGUGGUCGCCAGCGGGUUGUCUCUCACCCUAGCGCCUGGGACACAUCUGCUUAUAGUCGGGCCUAAUGGCUGCGGCAAGUCUAGUUUGUUCCGCAUUAUCUCCGGUCUGUGGCCAGUAUUUGGUGGUCAGCUGGCAGUGCCGAGACCUUGUAGUUGCGAAUAUUGCGCAGACGACUCCGCUUCGCUGCAGCCCGUCGCCUGCAACUCCCGCCCUAUAAUGUUCUACAUACCGCAGAGGCCUUACAUGUCCGAAGGCACUCUACUAGAACAGAUCACAUACCCGUGGGUCUGCCGAGGACCGGAAGCGGAAGCCCGAGCUCGCCGCGUGCUACGAGCCGUGCGACUGGAGGCCUGCGCUGCCAGGCAUGGCGGCCUGCAUGCCCAGACUGACUGGCGUGCCACGCUCUCUGGCGGCGAGAAACAACGACUGGCUAUGGCGCGAAUGUUCUUUCACAGGCCAGUGUACGCUUUAUUAGACGAGUGCACGAGUGCCGUUUCCAUGGAAACAGAGGUGGUGAUGUACUCCGAAGCGGUGCGUGAAGGCAUCACUCUAUUAUCUAUCACGCAUAGACCUAGCGUUUGGAAAUACCACACGCACGUAUUGGAAUUCGACGGCGCUGGGAAUUGGGCAUAUCGUCCACUGGACAAAGAAGCUAUUCCCAACACUCCAGCCCUUACCAACGGCACUACCAACAUUACUACUAAUACUUCCACUAGCAUCACUUCCGUAGCUAACGCCACUCCGAGUGUCAACAACGUGACAGCUGUCAGCGAGCCGUCUGUCAUCGCCUGUCAGAAUUAA